AUGAGUGUGCGUUACAGCCCUGAAGAGGCUUUAGAGCUGAUUUUCUCACAUGUUCAGCAAGACAACUCUGAUUCAGAAGAGGAAGUAGAGGAUGUAUCCGAAGAAGAAGAUGGAGAGGAAUACAACCCAGAGCAUGAUGAAUCAUCUUCAGAAGAAGAAGAAAACCCUGAAGCUGAAACUUUCCUUUCAAAAAAUGGCAAAAUAACAUGGUCUUCAGCAGCAUAUGACCAACACGGCAGGCAUGAAGAACAAAACAUUGUAAAGAUGACCCCAGGACCCACAAGGUAUGCAGUUUCUCAUGCCCAUGAUAUUGUUUCUACAUUCUACCUGUUCAUCACACCAGCAAUAGAAAAAAUAAUCCUGGAGAUGACAAAUCUAGAGGGUUUUCGCAAAUAUGGAGACAGCUGGAAAAAGAUGGAUGAGAUUGACCUCCAGGCCUAUUUAGGGCUGUUAAUCCUAGCAGGUGUAUACAGGUCCCGAGGUGAGGCUGCAGCUAGUCUAUGGGAUGCAGAGAGUGGAAGGCCAAUUUUCCGAGCCACAAUGCCACUGAAACUCUUUCAUACCUACUCAAGACUGAUAAGAUUUGAUGACCGUGAAUCAAGACCAGCAAGACGUGUGACAGACAAACUUGCAGCCAUAAGAGAGGUAUGGGACAAGUGGGUGGAGCGGUUGCCCUACCUCUACAAUCCAGGCCCUGAUGUAACAGUGGAUGAGCAACUGGUUCCAUUUAGAGGUCGUUGUCCUUUCCGGCAGUAUAUGCCCAGCAAGCCAGCAAAAUAUGGGAUCAAAUCAUGGGUGGCUUGCGAUGCCAAAUCAAGCUAUGCUUGGAAAAUGCAAGUCUAUACUGGGAAGUCAACCAGUGAAUGCCCAGAGAAGAACCAGGGGAUGCGAGUUGUGCUUGAUGUGACAGAGGGACUCAGGGGUCACAAUGUGACAUGUGACAAUUUCUUCACCUCUUAUGAACUUGGACAGCAGCUCCUGAAGAGGAAGAUCACCAUGGUUGGUACAGUUCGAAAGAACAAGCCUGAGCUCCCACCUGCACUGCUUGCGUCAAAGGAGAGUGAGGUCUUCUCCUCAAAGUUUGCCUUCACACCCACCACCACUCUAGUUUCCUACCUCCCAAAGAAAAACAAGAAUGUAGUUCUUCUGAGCACACUGCACAAAGACAGCGAAAUUAGUGAUCGUGAGGACAGGAAGCCAAUCAUCAUCCUGGAAUACAACCGCAACAAAGGAGGUGUGGACAACCUAGAUAAGGUGAUUGGAACAUAUAGCUGCAGAAGAAUGACUGCACGCUGGCCCCUGGUCAUCUUCCACAACAUCAUUGAUGUGUCCUCCUACAAUGCAUUUGUGAUUUGGAGAGAGAUCAACCCAACCUGGAUGUCUUGUAAGCAAAACAAGAGGAGGGUGUUCCUGGAGCAGCUAGGAAAGGCACUUGUAACUCCACUCAUUGAAAGAAGGAAGCAUGUGCCCCGCACAGAUGCCUCAGCAGCAGUUGUGAAAGCUAUUCAGAGUGCAGCAGCUCCUGAUCAACCUGAGGAUCCAUCUACCACAGCCACUUCCCCAGCUAGGGCAAUCUCUGGACCCAACCGGUUCCCACCUUCUGACGCUCAGCCUGAACCACUGAACAGUAAACCCCGUGUGACCAACCCCUGA